CGCCGCCCGCCGCCGUAGCCGCGCACGGAGCGGAGCGGAGAUGGCGCUGCACGUCCCCAAGGCCCCGGGCUUCGCCCAGAUGCUCAAGGAGGGGGCGAAGCAUUAUUCAGGACUAGAAGAAGCUGUCUAUAGAAACAUCCAGGCAUGCAAAGAACUUGCUCAAACCACCCGUACAGCAUAUGGACCAAAUGGAAUGAACAAAAUGGUUAUCAAUCAUCUGGAAAAGCUUUUUGUUACAAAUGAUGCUGCUACUAUCCUGAGAGAGUUAGAGGUCCAGCAUCCUGCUGCAAAAAUGCUUGUGAUGGCUUCACACAUGCAAGAACAAGAGGUUGGAGAUGGAACAAAUUUUGUCCUUGUUUUUGCUGGAGUUCUUCUGGAGUUAGCAGAAGACCUUCUGAGGAUGGGGUUGUCUGUCUCAGAGGUGAUUGAAGGAUAUGAAAAGGCUUGCAAGAAAGCCCUAGAAAUUCUUCCAGAUUUGGUGUGCUGUUCUGCAAAGAACCUUCGAGAUGUUGAAGAGGUGGCAUCUUUGUUGUACACGUCAGUCAUGAGCAAACAAUACGGCAAUGAACGGUUCUUGGCAAAGCUUAUUGCUCAGGCCUGUGUUUCUAUUCUUCCUGAUUCUGGUCAUUUCAACGUUGAUAAUAUCAGAGUGUGCAAAAUUGUGGGUGCUGGUAUUUCUGCUUCCUCAGUACUGCAUGGCAUGGUUUUUAAAAAAGAAACUGAAGGAGAUGUUACUUCUGUCAAAGAUGCAAAAAUAGCUGUGUAUUCCUGCCCUUUUGAUGGUAUGAUAACUGAAACUAAGGGCACUGUCCUAAUAAAGAAUGCUGAAGAACUGAUGAAUUUCAGUAAAGGAGAAGAAAAUCUAAUGGAUUUGCAAGUCAAGGCCAUUGCUGAUAGUGGUGCAAAUGUAGUAGUGACAGGUGGCAAAGUGGCAGAUAUGGCUCUUCAUUAUGCCAACAAGUACAAUCUUAUGUUAGUAAGGUUGAACUCCAAGUGGGACCUGAGAAGACUGUGCAAAACUGUUGGUGCAACAGCCCUACCCAGACUGACUCCCCCCACUCUUGAAGAAAUGGGUCACUGCCAUAGUGUGUAUUUAUCAGAGGUUGGGGAUACACAGGUUGUGGUGUUUAAGCAUGAAAAGGAGGAUGGAGCCAUUUCUACUAUCCUCAUUCGUGGAUCUACAGAUAAUCUGAUGGAUGACAUAGAGAGAGCCGUGGAUGAUGGUGUCAAUACUUUCAAAGUACUCACAAGGGAUAAACGUCUUGUUCCUGGAGGUGGUGCAACAGAGAUUGAAUUAGCCAAGCAGAUCACAUCUUAUGGAGAGACUUGUCCUGGGCUUGACCAAUAUGCUAUCAAGAAGUUUGCUGAGGCAUUUGAAGCCAUUCCUCGAGCACUGGCAGAAAACUCUGGAGUAAAGGCUAAUGAGGUCAUCUCCAAACUUUAUGCCAUGCAUCAGGAAGGGAAGAAGAACGUUGGAUUUGAUAUUGAGGCUGAAGCUGCUGCAGUGAAGGACAUGUUGGAAGCUGGUGUGUUAGACACGUAUCUUGGAAAAUUCUGGGGUAUCAAGCUAGCUACAAAUGCAGCAGUAACUGUCCUAAGGGUUGAUCAGAUCAUUAUGGCAAAACCAGCUGGUGGCCCAAAGCCUCCAUCAGGAAAGAAAGACUGGGAUGAAGACCAAAAUGACUGAACAAUUUAACUGUAUUUCUUAAGUGACAUGACUUUGUGAGUUUUUUAAUAUCCCAGUUGGAGCCUGUCACAGUGUUUUGCUCUUGCCUUUAAAUUAUGAACAGUGUCCAAUGGAGUGCAGAACUUCAAACACCUCAAUAAAUGUACUCACUGUUAAAAUGUU